CUCUCUCCGUCUCUUUCUGUCAAUACAAACUAUUUACGACUUUCCCAAAACUUCGAAUGGAUUUCGCUCUACUCUGUAAUGAAUGGUUAUGUUUUUGUAAAAGCAAUAAAUCUUCAGUUGUUGUAGCAGAUUGUUAAUCAUGGCAUCAAUAGCUUAGUAGCUGAGUUAAAGGGCAUCUGUCGAAACAACUAAAACCCUUGGACAAUAAGAGCAUCAAUCAAGUCACACUUUUUGGUAGUGUUUCAAGAGGAAUGGCAUUACGAUCAGUGGUCAUAAAAUACAAUGUAGCCUUCAUAACACCAACCUUCACUUGCUAUCAAAAACCCACAUUUCAGUCCAGAGGAAUGUCCCAAAAAGCCCUUCAAUCCAAUAUCAGUAGAAGAAUAGGACUGAUGGCAGCAAUGGCAUCAGCACUAUUAUCAAGGAAUGCUAUUUUCAGGGAAGAUACUGCUAAUGCAAUUGACUUUAGAAUGGUUGCUCCUGAUCAGACUGUUGAACUGGCAGAAAGUGGAAUUAGAGACCAUGCAGAAUCUUUAUUACAAGUGAAAGCUCUGUUAGAAGCAGAGUCCUGGGGUGCAGCACAGAAGGCAUUACGGUCGAGCUCGAGGAACUUGAAGCUGGAUAUCUAUACCAUAAUUCAAACAAAACCUAAAAGUGAGAGACCCCAGUUGAGGAAACUAUACUCUGAUCUCUUCAACAAUGUUACCAAACUAGAUUAUGCAGCAAGAGAUAAAGAUGCACCGCGCAUUUGGGAAUGCUAUGAGAACAUUGCCACUGUGCUUGGUGACAUAUUGUCAAGAAUAUAACGACCAAUUUGAGAUCUAUUUCCUAUGGCCCUGUUCAUAGGUUGGAUAAAAACGGUGAGAAAAGAUUUUCUUCAAACAAUGAAGCUUGCUCAUAUGGAUAACUCCAUGGCUAAGAUUCGGGCAUUUCUCUUAGUUUCUCAUGUUAAUGGCAAAAUUUUCUAACAUGCU